AUGAAAUUCAUAACAUUAAAUGAGAAAAAUCUUGACAACUUGUUGGUUAUUGAAGAAAAGAUUGAAAAAAUACUUAGAAAUCUUGUGUCUUAUCAACUCGUGGUGAAUGCGAUACGAAAACAUGUUAAACUAGAAUAUUUUUUUCUAAUUAAUUACUGUAAUUAUGCAGACGCAUAUCUACUUGAAAAUGUACGUCUGAGUGUUGAAUCUUCAUGGUUAUAUGCUUGA